UGUGUUGUGAAACACUAUUUUGAAGGGAGAAUACCGAGCGGGUUCGAGGUGCUGUAUGUACAGCGGUAUAAAGAGGACCGGCAGUGUGUUGUUUAGCGCCAAGUUAAAUCCAACCUCCUGACGUGUAAUGCAUCAAGUCAUCUGUUACCAAAGAAGGCGCAAAAUAGUCGCGCCAGCAGCUCAGAAGAACCAGCAAGCUGUCGGCUCACACACAACCGUCUGUGUGACUCCAACCAUACUGACACUCUUAGUGUUUUAACAAUUUGCCGACUCCUGCGUACUAAAAGCAAAGCUCAUUUGCAAUAAGAGUGUACUUCAAGCGGGCAAUCUUGAGGUUUGCUCUCAGACAGAGGGAUACGCCUUUGGGUAUAAUGCUAGGAACAAGGCAAGAGGCAAAACCAAAGUCUGUUGCUGCGCUUCCUCAUGAUAAUGCAACGCGGUCGAGGAAGAGGAAGGCAGAUGUUGCUAUUUAUUUGCGUGAUCCAGAUGAGGAGGUGGCCGAGAUGACCCAGAAGAAACUUCGGGAUUCAAAGCAUGGCAGGUGUCCCGACACUGGUUGUACAAGUCCACAGAGGUGGAACCCCACGCCUGAUCAGGAAGAGGACCAACCGGUUACCCUGAUCAGUGGGGGAUUCCCUCACUACACAUUUGGCCACAUUUUUGUCACCCCUGUGCGAUCAUCCCCGCUUCCUGCACUAUGCUGGGCCAGUAAGGACGUUGUGUGGCACAACAUGCUGGAAAAGGACAAGAGCUACAUCAGGGAUGUCCACAUGAUGGACAAGCAUCCGCAUCUUCAGCCCAAGAUGAGGGCCAUACUGUUGGAUUGGCUCAUGGAGGUCAGUGAGGUGUACAAGCUGCAUAGGGAGACGUAUCACCUGGCCCAGGACUACUUUGACCGCUUCAUGGCCACGCAGAGCAACGUGUUCAAGUCCACGCUGCAGCUCAUUGGCAUCAGCUGCCUCUUUAUCGCCGCCAAGAUGGAGGAGAUGUACCCUCCAAAGGUGCACCAAUUCGCCUAUGUGACGGACGAAGCCUGCACUGAAGAUGAGAUCCUCAGUAUGGAGGUCAUCAUCAUGAAGGAGCUGAACUGGAGCCUGAGUCCACAGACGCCCAUCUCCUGGCUCAACGUUUACAUGCAGGUGGCCUACCUGAAGGACACAGAGGAGCUGCUCAUCCCCAGAUACCCCCAAGCCACAUUCACACAGAUCGCGAAGCUGCUGGACCUCUGCAUGCUGGACGUGCGGUGUCUAGAGUUUCCAUACGGUGUUCUCGCUGCCUCGGCCCUCUUCCAUUUCUCCUCCUUGGAGCUGGUGGAGAACGUGUCAGCCCUGAAGAGGAUGGAGGUGGAUGAGUGCGUGAGGUGGAUGGUGCCCUUCGCCAUGGCCCUCCGGGAGGAAGGCGACGGCUCCCCCAUGAGGACCUUCCCAGGAGUCCUGGAGGACGACGUACACAACAUCCAGAUACACACCGGCUACCUGACAUGGCUGGACAAGGCCCACUCGUAUCAGGCCUCUGAACUGGAGCACCCUGGCAACUGCCCCAUGCCCUCGGGGGUCCUGACUCCGCCCCUUAGCAGCGAGAAGACGGAGGAGGUGCUCAGAGUCAACGCUGCCGCAGUCGCCGCUGUCUGCAGCAUGGGACAAAGGCUGAGCGCCAGCUCUGAUCCGGAGCCCAGGCCGCGUCAUUAGAGGAGUGGCAACCGGAAGGCCCUUUUUUCAAACAAACAAAUGUUAUCUUCACUUUGCCCGUCCGGAAGAACGAGGCCAGCAUUACAGACAUGUGGAUUACUCUGACGGGACGGAGGCUGAGAUGGCGAACCAGGCUGUUAAUUAAUCGUUGAAGAGGUCCUUUUUUAAUUAUUGCUCGUGCUGCUCACACCAGACCAAAAGCUUUUUUUUUUCGUUCUGUUCGAGAUCGAGUGGGAUGAAUUGACUUCAACACAAUGGAGGGGGGGGUGCUUUGAGUGGGGGAAAUGCUAACUUUGUACGUAAUAACUUAAUGGAUACUCCCCUGGGCUGCUCCUUCUCAUCUGCCCACUUAUGUUUGGUGUUCGGUCCACAUGCUGAGCAGAUAGUUGAGGCGGAAAUUGAAAGGCUCUCUGGAACAAGACCACUCAGUCACUUUUAGGAAUUCCAGAAAAAACAAGAAUACGCUUUGGAUUAAUUACCGUGAGGACCCUUUUGUCAACUGUAACUUUUUCCUUUUUUUUUUAGGCAGAGGUUGAACUAAUUGAAAAUAUGUUUUUAAUAUUUUCUUUGUUUGGAGUGAGUGUUUUUAAUUAUAUUAUUUGCAGGUGUUUUUACAGGGGACCCACUAGCCCACAAACAUUUUACCAGGGUCAUCUUUGACUCUGUGCUGCUAUUAAAGGGGGACUUUGCAUAAUGGUGGGGAAAUGUACGCCUGUGUGUGUGUGUGUGUGUGUGUGUGUGUGUGUGUGUGUGCGCCUGCAUGGGUUUGUGUCUCCUACCAUGCCAUUUUGAUGGAGGGGACAAUUUAUUAUUUUUUUAUUUCCCAUAUGGGACCAGUAGCUCUGCUACCUUAAUGGAGAAGUGAACCAGCCAAGCUUCUGAAGCUCAAAUGGUUGAUUGUAUUUCUUUUGUUGUUUUUAAUCCCUCCCAAACCGUAUUUUCCCACCAACGGUAAGAUUUAUAUUUGACAUUUUAAACUGAAAUGCUGCUACAUAUAUUUUUCAAUAAAGAUUGUCUAAAGAUCAUUUUC